CUUUUCUGUUAAAGGGAAACUUAUAUCCUCACACUUCUAGCAUCUAACCUCAAAUAACUCAUUCUGACCACCGAGGGGGAACGACACGCAUCUCCUGGAUCUGCUGCAUCUGGCUGCUCUCCCUACAGCUGCUUUCUCAUUGGGGUGGAAACCACUAACCUUCACAGCUAACACUCGGAAUCCAAAUACUUGACUGAAAAUGCUCCUUUUACUGCUUGGGAUCAUUCUUCUGCAUAUUGCCGUCCUGGUGUUGUUAUUUGUGUCCACAAUCGUCAGUAGCUGGCUGGUGAAUAAUAGCUAUUCGGCAGAUCUGUGGCAGAAUUGCAGUGAGGGCGUCAGCAGCACAUGGAACUGCCUCACUGCCUCAAACAAUGAAUGGCUCCAGUCUGUCCAAGCAAUGAUGAUCCUAUCUAUAAUCUUCAGCGUUUUGUCCCUGUUUCUCUUCUUCUGCCAGCUGUUCACCCUUACAAAAGGUGGACGCUUCUACCUAACUGGGAUCUUUCAAAUUCUUGCAGGGCUGUGUGUGAUGGCUGGAGCCAUCAUCUUUACUGUGCGGCACACAGAAUGGAAUAAGGACCCCGCGGCCAACUUUGGAUUUGCCUAUAUCUUGGCAUGGGUGGCUUUCCCGCUAGCCGCUAUUAGUGGCAUCAUUUAUGUCAUCUUGAGGAAGCGUGAAUAAACACCACCACAUCUGGAAAGAUAAAAGCUCAAUACAAAGUUUAAAGGGGAUCCUAAAGAAGUGAAACCAAAAAUUUCAACCUCCCCUCACCAAAGAGAGAGAGUAUGGUGGGGGCAGGUUCCUGUGUUAAUUGAAGAUGUAAAUAGUAUCUAUGGUUUAAAAACCUAUUUAUAACACUUUUUACAUAUAUGUACAUAGUAUUGUUUGCUUAUUUUGACCUCUAGCUUCUGUAAGCUAAAAAAAAGUAUUUGUGUCUACUACAAAAUAUAUUUUUUGUGUGGACAGCAUCCCAAAAACAAGCCAAUUUGUGUGCCUUAAAAUAAGAUAUGAACAGUCUUAACCUGUACCAAUUCCUACCCCAUAUGGAGUGAAAUGCAAUUACCUGCAUUAAAAACAUGGCUUCCUUAGCAGAUACAAAAUGGCUGAUGCUAGAGCAAGAGAGGUGCUUAUAGUGCAAAGGCUGUUUUGAAGCUAAUACUCCAUAGCAGUUAAGUGUUCACCGGGCUCAUACAUAGAGAGAGGCUAGGGACCUGGAUGGAACUUAUACAGGGGUAGAGGCCGCAGUGCGCCGGUCAGCGAGCCAAAGCAGAAUUGGCAAUGAGGCUGAGCUAGCGGGAAGGUCAUUCUUCAAAAUGCCAUUUGACUUUUGCACUGAAACCACGCCAAAGUACUGUGGAAGAUUUUUAUCAUUUGUGAAUAUGACAAUCAAGCCUUGUUAUAUUUCACCUCUUUGGGCAUUGUGAUGAAAACAAUAACGUAAUUAUCUCCUUCUCACACCAAUGUGUGGAGGCAUUGCUAAACACCACAGUUGGUUUGUGGCAAAAUCCUUUAACGUUGGUUUCUUUGUGUUAUUGCUUUCUCAAGUAGUGUUUUCUUUUUCUGGCCUUCUCAUUAAGGGGCAAAGGUCUUUUUGAAUUGACCCUACACUGCCAGCGGAGCUUGCAAAUUUUUGCAACACCAAAAAGUGAGAUGGACUUGACCAGCUGGAUGUGUGCCUGUCUCUAUAAAGAGAUUUCAAAGAAAUUUAGAAAUGUUUGAAGAAAAGUACAAUAUAUGUUUAUUUUUUAUUUUAACCAAUGUGCAUGUAUUAUACGUAAAUAAAUAUAUAAAUAAAUAUAUAUAACAAGGUAGCCAGAAUUGUUUACCAAAUGUUUUGCUUCUAAAAAACCAACAUAAAUAAUUGACUUAUCAUUUCUGAAACCUGACUGAAAGAAAUUAGAAGUAGUUUCUCACCAUGUAGGAUAAAAUGAAAAACUGGUGCUAUGAUAAUUUUUUUGGACCAUUCCUUAUAUUUUAACACUUGUCUAAUUUCUGACCCAGUAACAGCUUAUGUUUUUCGUUUUCUUUACUGUUUUGUUAUUUUCAGAAUAAAACCAUUGAACUUGUCUAGUUCUCUAAAGUGAGGUCUAUGUGAAUAUUUAAUAAAAAAAAAAAAAUGGCUGCUUAGAAGACUGGUGAAGUGAUUAUUGUAAGCUCUGUUAUGAAUUGAUGAUGAUAGGGUCACAUGAUUCAAUGACAGAAGUGGACACUGACUUUGUCUGAUUCAUUAGAGGCAGAUUUUGUGGUAAAGUGACACAACAGUAAUUCUAUGUACUGUGCAUCAGUAGAUAUGGUGAAUAAAUUACAGUACUUAAGGGUCCCCUGACACUCAAAACCCGUGGAGGCAACCAUUUUCAGACCUGCAACUCUAUUCAUUCACUGAGACCUAGUUGAGACCUUGAUUCAAAUGGUAUCUUGUGCAUUUUCAUAGGUUGGAUUCUCAUAAGAACUGGUUCAUCUUACAACAGCUUGGCUGGGGAACCGGUUAAAUUACACACACUCACAAUGCUAAGACCAGAAUCUCGACUAGCGGUGAAACACCACUGCCGGAAUACCGGCAAGGUAGGUGAUUCUCCCUCUAUGGGUGUCCACAACACCCAUAGAGGGAGAACACUGCUUGUAGGAGACAGGGGCCCCAUCCCCCCCUAAAUACCAUAUGACAUGUCCAACCACACCUGCAAUUUACCAAGUCCACAUCCAAUAUGAAAAAGGUUGGCCGCUUUUGGGUGCUAGAGACUUGAAUUAUCUGAGAUUAUUAGAAAUACUGGGGGUAAAUAACACUAUAAUCUAUAACAUUAAUAGGAAUUCUACAAUAUUUCAUACUCAGAAGACCACCAUGCUGGGUGGGACAUGUUUUUCUGAGGAAUAUACAUUUGCACUUUUAAAAUGACUUGGUCUGGUGAUUAACUAUAUGGCCCUCUCCAAUGUGUAAAAUACUAAUCUGGACUCUUUAGUUCCUGCUAGUCUUUUUACUUUAUGUUUUCCAUUGUUUGUACCAAAUAUCUGUGCACUAAGAAGAAAAAAUUAAAUAAAAUUCAGAGUAACUCAA